CGCCAUCGCGCUACAGUGACUGACAGUUGAAUUUUCGUUCGAAAAUCAAACAAAAAUAUUCACAACGGUUGCUCUUGCAACGUGUUCGUUUUUUGAGUUUUAUUUUUUUGUUAUUUUAGCAACAACCUCAGGUUGUUGCUUGAAAGUGGAAAGAAAGCUUUGAGAAUUACGCUAUUAAAGGGAGCACCGGGCGAGUCCGGCGCGUCUACCAGUGCCGGGCGUAAGCGGCUAAGCAGGCCGCAGGAGGCCGCGCGCCCGCGCCCCGCGCCGCGCUGCUGGCGCCGUGCCCUCAACGUCGACCCGCCCUGGCUGCGAGCCCGGGACCGCUGACGCCACCUACACAUUACCUGACACUUGUGGACUAGCGCUAGUGGGCCUCCACAACCCGGCUCGAACACCUGACACCGACCCCUCCGGCCCGGAAAGGCAACCAAAGCAUAGCCGACCCCACGCUCCGGCACUGCCGGGGCUAAGUCGGCUCCAAAGUCAACCUUAAAGUUAACCUCAUACGGCUCAAAAUCCCAGCCAAAAUGAAGGUCGUGGAAGAAGAACAGCUUAUUACUGUGAUGGACGGGCCUUGGUCCCCGACCGACCUGAUCCGUGAGAUCGUGGAGUCUGGCACCCAGGAGGAUCCUUUCUACGUGAUGGAUCUUGGCGAGGUGGUGGCCAGAUACCACCGCUGGAAGGAACUAAUGCCGCGCGUUGAGCCGUUCUAUGCGGUGAAAUGCAACGACGACAAACUCCUAGUGAGCACGUUGGCGGCUCUCGGCACUGGAUUCGACUGCGCGUCCAAAGCCGAGAUUGAACUUGUCACCUCCAUUGGAGUAGCACCUGAGCGCAUUAUAUUCGCGAACCCGGCCAAAAUGGCGUCUCAUAUCCGUUACGCGUCGGCUGUUGGCGUCGACGUGAUGACUUUUGAUUCUGAGACCGAACUAAUGAAGAUCAAGCAAUACAUGCCGCACGCACAGCUCGUGAUUCGUAUCCGCUGCGACGCUGCGUCGGCUCAAUGUCCGCUGGGCAUCAAGUUUGGCUGUGACCCAGUGACUGAAGCCCCGCGACUCCUCAAACUGGCCGCAGUCUUCGGACUAGACGUGAUCGGCGUGUCAUUCCACGUGGGUAGCGGUGCUUCGGAGACAGAUGUGUACGCGCGAGCCAUCGCACUGUCCCGGGCUCUGUUCCUGGUCGGGCACAAUGUCGGACACAAGGCUAUGCGCCUACUCGACAUCGGAGGAGGUUUCCCCGGUGGGACCGACUCCUCUAUCCAGGAGGUGGCUGAAGUGAUAAACGGCGCUUUGGAGGAGCACUUCCCGGAGCGCUCGGUGCGGGUCGUGGCGGAGCCGGGCCGGUACUUCGCCGCCGCCGCCUACACGCUCGCCGCCAUGGUGCAUGCCAAGCGAGAGGUGGCCGCCAAGGACAGCGCGGAGUCGGAGACCCACACGAUGUACUUCAUCAACGACGGAGUGUACGGCUCCUUCAACUGCGUACUGUACGACCACCAACAUGUCGUUGCUGAGCCACUCAAUGACAACGGGUCGGCCCCGGCCCCGUGCUCGGUGUGGGGCCCGACGUGUGACGGGCUGGACUGCGUGCUCCCCGCCACGCGCCUGCCUCGCCUCGCCAUCGGAGACUGGCUCAUAUUCCGCGACAUGGGCGCCUACACUCUGCCCGUCGCCUCUCCCUUCAACGGGUUCCCCGUACCCACCGUACGCCCCGUCGUCGAUGCUAGACUUGCGUGCAUUCUGAAGGAGUUGCGUCCGCUGAGCGCGUCCCAGUUCGCGGCGGGUCGCGCGGUGGAGUUCCCGCCGGCGCCGCCCCGGCCGGGGUCGGGCCGGCCGCCCAGCCGCGCCGCGUCCCCGUGCCGCGCCGUCUUCGUCGAGUGCGCACUCAAGUGACGCUCGGACCCUCGCACGAACCUCCCACACACACACGCGCCCCACACUCUAUCCCGAAACAGAUAGCAAAUAUUAUACGCAACUAAACAUCGAUUCUUUCUUUUCUUGUUAAUAGUUAUAACAGAAGACAAUUAUGUAGUUUCUACAUAAGCAAGACGUACACGGCCUCAUUACAAUUACAAUAUGAAACAAGGCAAGCCACAGGCUCUUAUACAGCGGCGGCGCCAGUAUUCUCCAAAGCAAUAACUGUUCUAUGUAUUUGUGCUAAAGUAUAUACUUCUUUGAAUACUUCUUGUCUGCCAGCAUCGCUCGAUAAGAACCUCUGGUUUGUCUUAUCCCAACUUAUACAGUUUGUGUGUGUGUAUUAGUGUUGAAAUCGUAAAAUGUAGAAAAUUUUUGCAUUUCAGUAUCUAUUUAACCAUUCGUUAAAUUCAAAAACUCUGGGGUCAUUUAAAAUUUUGAUUUGUAUAAAUUGUAACGUUUUUUUCAUUUAUUGUGAUCGUUAUGAAUUUAAAUUUAUAUUUGUAUUUAUAUAAUGUCUAAAAUAUUGUGGUGUCGCUUUCGAGGCGAAUUUCGUUGUUAAUGUUUAAAAAAUAAAUAUUGUUUUCGCUUACUUGCUACUAUUCUAAUAUUUUAUAGAAUUGCGUAUUUUUUUUUUAUUAUGUAAAUAAAUUGACGGUGUUUUGCAUAUUUUGUAGUCGUAUAGUUAUUCGAAAUGUAUUUCGCUGUACUAGUUACCGACAUGUGUAAUUGUGAUCAUUGAUUUCACCUAAUAGAAUGGGUUUCGCAAACAUAUUUGUGGCAAUUUGCUUUUUAAAUAAAAUUUUGUGG